AAUCAAGUACAGAAAAUACAAGUGACAUUUUCCAAAGAAAUAUGAACCCAGAAAGGGAAACACUGUUCCAGGAAUAUAGGGCAAAACAGGGGACACUCGUAAAGCCCUAUUACUGGCAGACACUGAGCCAUAGCUGUGCCAGAUGCCCCUAUCAUAUACGGACAGGGGAAGAAGCAAGAGUUCCUUAUGUGGAAUUUCACAAGGCCUUUGGAUUCCCAUAUGGGCAAAUGACUCCUCAGAACAAACACAAUAUAUUCUAUGAACUGAGAAACUCUUCCAGCAUGUUAGUCCAAAAAGGCCAUGCUACAAAUUGCAUUGAGUAUAACAUCCAUCCAGAAUCCAUGUUAUUCGAACUGGGUGGUUACCUAGACUCAGUUGCAUAUAAAUAUGAUAGCAUUGGAUGCAUCAUUCUUUAUUCUAACUACUCUCCUUGUAAUGAGGCUGACCACUGCUGCAUAAGCAAGAUCUACAACUUCUUGACCAAGUAUCCAGACAUCAUCCUAUGUAUAUAUUUCUCUCAGCUUUACCAUACUGAGGAUGAUUUCCCUGUAUCUGCAUGGAACCGUGAAGCUUUGCAAAGUCUUGCCAGUUUGUGGCCUCGUGUGACUUUACACCCACUUUGUGGAAGAAUGUGGCAUUCCCUCCUCUGCAAUUUUGUGAGUAAUAUACCAGAGGCAACCUUUUAUUAUCCAGUUUUACCUGCAAGAGCAUUAGCUGACCAACAAAAUUUGUAUAGAAGUAACACCAUUACAGGAAUGAAAUCUUACUUUAUGAAAGCAUCUCCCCAAGCAACAUAUGGAAACCCAAACGUAUUUCAGAACUUGCAGAAAUCUUCUUUCAUUAAUAUAGCCUCUCAGCAAUCUGCAUCAACGAUGAAUGGCAGAUUGCCACCACUGAUGAGUCAAAACCAUUUGGUGCCUUUUACUAAUACACUUCCGCCUUUUGGGAGGAAACACAUAUACUCUAAACCAAAAAAUAUUGUAAGGCACUUAAAAAUGCCUCGGGAGUUCAGUGAAUUUAAUGAUUCCCAAUUCUUUCCCAGUGAAAGGCCUGUUCAGAUGAUAAAAAUCACUGAAAAACUUACAAGCAGCAAAAGCAGAGACCAAAGAGGGCGACAAAAGAAGGAAAGUAAAUUCACCUCCUAAAAAAAUUAAUAUGCUGUUGGGACUGAAUGGCUCAGAGAAUUGAUAUGGACAUGAAAUCUCCUACCUUUAGAAUACUAGUCUGAAUAUAUCCCAGACCAGUAACAAUGUA